CUCACACACACACACGCACACACACACUCACACCCACUCCCUCCACCAGCCCCACCGCCCCCGCCAUGGCCGCGUCCGCCCUGUCCGUCUGCUCCAGCGACCUGAGCUAUGGCAGCCGCGUCUGCCUGCCCGGGGCCUCGGACUCCUGCCCCGACUCCUCCUGGCAGGUGGACGACUGCCCAGAGAGCUGCUGCGAGCCCCCGUGCUGCGCCCCGGCCCCCUGCCUGACCCUCCUGUGCGGCCCCUCCUCCCCCUGCCAGGGAGACUGCUGCACGCCUGCGUGCUGCAAGCCCGUGUGCUGCACCCUUGUCUGCUGUAAGCCCGUGUGCUGCACCCCUGUGUGCUGCAAGCCCGUCUGCUGCACCCCUGUGUGCUGUGAGGACUCCCCCUGCACAACUUCUUCAUGCUGCCAGCCGUCCUGCUGCACCUCCUCCCCCUGCCACGAAGACUGCUGCAAGCCCGUCUGCUGCACCCCUGUGUGCUGCAAGCCCGUCUGCUGCACCCCUGUGUGCUGCGAGGACUCCCCCUGCUCAGCCCCCUCCUGCUGCCAGCCCAGCCCCUGCUGCAGACCCUCCUCCUGCGUGUCCCUGCUCUGCCGCCCCGUGUGCAAGCCUGCCUGCUGCACCCCUGCCUCCCCCUGCCGGCCCAGCUGCUGCCGCCCGGCCUCCUGCGUGUCCCUGCUCUGCCGCCCCGUGUGCAGGCCCGCCUGCUGCGCCCCUGCCUCCUCCUGCUGUCGCCCGGCCUCCUGCGUGUCCCUGCUCUGCCGCCCCGUGUGCCCCCGCCCUGCCUGCUGCACCCCUGCCUCGGGCCAGGAGUGUUGCCGCUGAGUGACCUUUUUAAGGGCAUCCUGAAUCUCGAGAGCUCCUCCACACACUGUGGGUUCUUUACAAGGCACCGAGACAGGUGUCAGGUCCCCUUUCCUGGGUCCCUGCAGUGGACACCGGUCACCAACCCCAUUUUGCGUCUGUCCUCCUACAAACAGCUCACUCGUUUGCUCAAGUGCUGACUUCCCAAAUCAGCGUGCCCUGCCUCCUCAGCCUGGGUUGGCAGUGACCCCAGCCGGGCCUCCCGCAGCCUUCGGACCGUAUGUGGAGUGGAGGGAGAGAAGAUACAGUAUCCGCAGCGUCACCCCUGGACCCUGUGUGGCCCCUGUUCCCCCACUGACUCCCGAGCUGGUUUCUUUAUCGUCCCUCAUCCCGUGAGCUAUCGGUUCCUCCAAUAAAUUCUUUUCUUUAUCAACUUAA